CAAUAGGCAAAAUGCACUAAAAAACGCGCAGCGCGUAAAAAUUGUUUGCAUUUGGUGGCGUCGAUUUCCUCUUUUCAUGUUUUAAGUGCAAUUUUUGCUAAUAAAAAGUGUUUUAAUUGGCAAUUGCGUGUAAUUUAAGCACCCAACAAAAUGGAUCGACGCAAAAAGCGAACCUCCUCGGAGCAAUAUCAAAUGUAUAUCGAGCUGAUGGAGAGCGACCCAAUUUUUGCAAGCGGACGCGUGCCGCGCGAUUAUGAUCUGAAUUAUCUGACCAAAAAAUGGAAGGAGCUCUCCGACAGGCUGAACAAAUGCGGUUCGGGACCCACGCUAACUGCGGAAGAGUGGCGCAAGCGCUUAAACGAUUGGAAGAAUACGACACGCUGCAAAUACAGACGCAGUCUCAUGUCCAGCGAGAAGGACAUCUCCAUGUCUUCGCUGGAGACGCGAGCUCUCAAUCUGUUUGGCAAGGUUCCCGGCGCAGGAGAAACACUAAUGACUCUGAAGUCGGAGAAGGAUGACCAUGAGGAUGACAUGGAGGAACUUGGACAGCGAACGUCGGCAUCGUUCCAAAAAGAACUGCAAGCGGCCGUUGAGGAGGCAAUCAACGACGAGGUCGACGACGACGAAAUGGUUGAGGAGCAUGUGGAUCAAGAGGAUCUAACCGAUGAGAAUAUGCACGAGCCGGGCGGUGGCAUCGAUGGGCCCAGCGGCGUUGGCGGCACAACGGCGGUGAACACAAGUGGCGGCGGCUAUCGCACCAUUGUGGUGGACAAUUCCACAUACGUGGACGACGAUCAGGAGCAGCAGGAGGCGCCCGUCGAGCCGGUCAAGUUCGUGUGCACACCCAACAUUCAUGCGGUUGGAUCGGGCGGUGUUGGAGGCGGCGGCACUAAGCUGAUCAAUGGCGAGCUGCCCGUGAAGAGAAUACGGCGGGAUCAAGUGAUCUAUGAAGUUAAAAAUGCGCCGCGGUCUUAUACCACCAUCCAAACAGGUGGCCCGCUGCCCACGCUGCACAACACAAAGAUGCACCACGAGCCGCAGGGCACAAGUUUGAGUGCGGCGUUGAGUAGCCUGGAUACCCAGGAGAUUGCGCAUCAGCUGAAGCGGCUGGCGGACAUCAACUAUGAGACGCUGCAGUUUGAGAUAGCGCGAUUUAAAUUUAACAAUCCUGGUUUCCACUAUGAGCCGCCGCCAUUAUAGUCAUUGCCCCAGGCAGAUUCAGAUCCGCAGCAGCAACAGCAACAGGAGCCGCAGCAGCUGCAACAGCAGACGAUACUGAAGCGGGAACAGUUGCCACAGCAAACAACACAUCAUCUGCAUCAACAGCAGCAGCAACAACAACAUCAUAAGCCGCAGCAAUCGAUGCAGCUGCAGCACAAGAAGAAGCAACAGCAGCAAUAGUAAUAGUUUUUAUUGACACACAAAACGAAAGAAAAAUCCGAAAGAAACAAAACAAAACAAAAAAAGUGGAUUCAGUUUGAUUGUACAUUUUAAAGAGCUGAUCAAUUAAGAGACGCAGAGAACACUUCGUGGAUUGGCAUUGGGAGAGGAAGUCGACGCCAACUAUCAUAACCUAAAGUAGCCAGUUUAGUAUAAAAUUUACGUAGUUCAUAUUAUUGCAAAUCAUUUCUCUAUAUAUAUUUACCUAUAUAUAUAUAUACAAACAUAUGUAUAAGCAAAGAAACACAGAAAAAAGAAACCGUUCGAUUUCGAUUACCAUACCCAGCAUGUAUUUGUAUGUAAUUUGUAUUUGUAUUGCUAAAGAUGGUAUGUCGUAUUCUAGAUGUUCUUGAUCUUGAUCUUAACAAUAAUUAUCAUCAUCAUGCUCGAUGCGAAGCAAAAGAAAAUCGAAAAUCUACCUUUAAUCUAAAUGGUCAUCCAUGUUGAAUUGGACACACAUAAUUUUAAACGAAUUGAAUGUAAAUGUAAAGAAUAAAGUUUACCAAUGAUAAA